CAUUUAUUAAACCUGUAAAUACAUACGAAUCAGAGUCUAUAAAGACAAAGCGGAGGAAGAAGAGAGGAAACAGUGGAGAAGGUUGGCCGAGAGAAUAAAACAUAAAGCUAACAGCUUUAAGAGAAAUUGUGAAGAAAAAUUUAAGAGAUUGGAAGAAAGAUGGAGGAGAAGCAGAAAAAAACAGGGGAGAGAUCAAGCUUUGCAGUGACUUGUAGUUUGCUCAGCCAGUUUCUUAAGGAGAAUCGGGAUUUGGGAAAGCUUGGGAUAGACAAGCUUCACUGCUCGCAGGACAAGGAAAAAAGCUUAUUCCGGCCACCAACUACCAUGAAUCUGUUUCCUGGAUCGAACGUAUCGGCCGACAACCGAAACGAACCGGAUUUAUCGGAAAAAACUGCUACGAUGCCUGUGGAUCCCCCUCCCCAACUCCAAGACAAAGAUGCCAUCUUCAAAGCUCCAAACAGAGUCGAUCAAGAGGAAAACGAGAUAAAUGCCCAAUUAACAAUAUUUUACGAUGGAAAGGUGAUGGUUUUUGACGAUUUUCCUGCUAAAAAGGUCAAGGAUUUGAUGGAGAUGGCGGGCAAAUCUGCCCUUCAGAACUCUUGUCCGACACCAUUACUGCAGCAUGAGCCAAUUACUUCAGUUGAUCUUACCAUGCCCAUAGCAAGGAGGGCUUCUCUUCAUAGAUUCCUUGAGAAGAGAAAGGAUCGUAUUAAUUCCCAGGCACCUUAUAUAGUUCACGGCUCGUCGGAAAUGGAGGAAUUGCAAGCCAAGUCUGAGAAGAGGCUUACGUGGCUCUCGAAUUAGACUGUAAAACCAGUCUCAGUCUGGAUUUCAAGAAAUAAAUUUCAUCUUCUACCGUAACUCCAACUUUUAUUUUUAGCAAAAGAGAUUUUUUUUUUUUUUUGUAAUUUUUUCAUUUGCAGGUUUGAAUGAAAUUAUAUCUUGUUUUAGAGGAAUGAGAGACAUUGUAAUUUAGACGUGUAAACUUUUGUACUUUGAUGUUUUAACUUGUAAUGUAAUACUUAUAAUUAGCUUUGAAUAGUUUAGUUGAUUUUUAUAUU